CAUAUACAUUAAAAUUAUUAAAUGGAUAAAUUCAGCAUGGAUGAAAAAGCUCUUGAUCUUCAUAUCUUCACUCCAGAAGAGCCAAAAUUGGGUCCAUACACAUAUCUAAACAUAAAUUACCUUCCACAUUUGGCUUCACAUAUAAUGCAUAAGAUAUCACAUAAGGAAUUUUGUUCGAUGAUUGAAUUUGAACUGCAAACAUAUUUAUUAGAGUUGGCAAUUUAGCCUUAGAGAAGCAAGACAAUAAAAGAAUUAACUAGUUUUAUAAUAAGAGAAAUGAGGUUGUGUUCUAAGUUUUGGAUUCAUGGAAGUGAAGCUUGGAAUGAAGUACAAUUACGUUUAAAGUUAUUACAUCUAUUGGAACCAAAUUGUAGUUUAGAGUAAGUGAAAAAGAGUGGAGGAAAGAAAUCUUUAUAAGAAAUUCUUUAAGAUGCUCAUGCUUUAAGAAAGUAUUUGGCUUCUUUAGAUUUUUAAAAAGUAGAUUACAAGAGUGAGUUUUUAAGGAUUCCUGAAGUGAGUGCAUUGAUAUCAGAAUAUGAUUAAGAGAAGUAAUAAAUAUCAUUGUAAAAUUUAGUUCUCAGAAUAAAUAGUUAUAAGCAAUAGAUUCUUAUAAUGAAAUUAUUCAAUCUCUAGUUGAAUGUAAGUAGAGAAAAUAUCAGUUAAAAUUACAAUAAUAAAUUGAUUUAGUGAAGAAUUAAUAAGUGGAUUUGAUGAGUCGAGUAACGUAUGUUUAAAAUAAAGAAACAAGAUCGGCUAAAACAGAUUAAGUAUCAUAUAGAGAUAGAAGAGUUAUGAUCAAAGAAUAAUAACGAUUGGAUGUUGAUGAAAGAAGAACAAUAUUUGUUCCAAAUUAAGUUUGUUGUUAUUACAAGAUUGAUUUAGUCAUUUUACCAUAUAUUUACAGAUUUAUUUUUGGAGAGAAUUGUGAAUUUAAUAGAUCACAUUUGAGAAUUCAAAAUUUAGUUUUAUAUUUAUGUUUAAGUGAUCAAGAGAAUUAUAAGUAGAAUAAAUAGAAAAAGAAUAUAAUUUUAGAUGAUAAUGCUGAAUCAAAAACAUCCAUGAAAUUAUUUCAAAAGUAUUUAGAAUAAUCUAAAGAUAAAUUGAUGACUGAUUUUGAAUAAUAUUGCAGAAAUCAAAACAUUAGUUUGAUGAAUUACUUUUCUAGUACUCCUGCUAGUUAUAGAAAAGAAUUAUUAUUAAUUAGAAACAUUCUUAUUUUAUCUCUUAGAUUUGCCUAAUAAAUUCUUGGAAUUGAUUAUAAAUUCGAUGAUUAGAAAAUCAAUCAAUUAGAUUAUGAUGAAGAAGAGAAGAAUGAUAAAUCACUUAAUUCUUAUUAAAAAUGGAACAAAACUGAUAUGUAAAAUGAUUAUUACUAUUUUAAUGUGCUUGCAUAAUUAGAAUUGUAUUAUGAUAUUCCUUUUGAUUAAUAUGAUGAUUUACUAAGAGUUUACAAAAGUUACAUCGAAAUUGUAUAUACAUCAAAAAAGGAACAUUUCAAAGAAUAUUUUGGAGUUCUGAAGAGCAAUAAAGAUGGUCUUUUAGGAUUAAAAUCUUCUUUAGAAUAAGUUAAUUUGGCUAUUGAUGAUUAUCUUAACUAUAUUAAUGCUCCAAAAACAUAGCAAAAACGGUAUAUAUAUAUAGUUUAUAUUAUUAGUUCCUAUAUUUAUCAUAGUGAUAAUAGGGAAGAAUGGAAAGAAGAACAAUAUAAAUCGUUUUUGGAGGGUCUACAUAAAUAUUUUGAAAUUGUAGUAAAUAAUAAAAAGAUUGCCAAAUUCAUGGGUGAUGUCAAUCCUAAUCAUGUUAGAUUUAUUAAAGGAUAAUAUUUGAGAGGAUUGAAAAAAAGAGCUAAAGAAAAGAAUAUUAACAGAAAAGAAUUGUUAAAAUAAGACAUUGACAACUUUGAUAUUUCAAUUUUUGAGAAGAAAUGA